GUGGCCAUCCGCGCCCGGCCCACCGCCGCUGGAGAGGAGGAGCUGCUGCCAUCACUGCUGCCGCGGGCGCAGAUAAACUGAGGCACAGAGUCUAAAUUAACCUAAGUCCAGACAGUUGGCAGAGUAAGUGGGAUCGGAGACGCACAAGACUUCACGCCAGCAUCCCUUUACCUUCCAAAGGAGUGUCCGUCCACCACAGACAAUGUCCUACGUUUUUGUGAAUGAUUCUUCACAGACUAAUGUGCCCUUGCUUCAAGCUUGCAUCGAUGGAGACUUCACCUAUUCCAAGAGGCUUUUGGAAAGUGGCUUUGACCCAAAUAUCCGAGACAGCAGAGGCAGAACAGGCCUUCACCUCGCUGCGGCCCGAGGGAACGUGGACAUCUGCCAGCUGCUACAUAAGUUUGGUGCUGAUCCUCUGGCCACGGAUUAUCAGGGCAACACGGCCCUCCACCUGUGUGGCCAUGUGGACACCAUCCAGUUCUUGGUUUCCAACGGACUUAAGAUUGAUAUUUGCAAUCAUCAAGGUGCUACCCCUUUAGUUCUGGCAAAGCGCCGGGGCGUGAAUAAAGAUGUCAUCCGACUGCUGGAGUCUUUGGAAGAACAGGAAGUAAAAGGAUUUAACAGAGGCGCGCACUCAAAGCUGGAGACCAUGCAGACAGCGGAGAGCGAAAGUGCCAUGGAGAGCCAUUCCCUGCUCAGCCCCAACCUCCAGCAAGGCGAAGGAGUCCUGUCCAGCUUCCGGACCACGUGGCAGGAGUUUGUGGAGGACCUGGGUUUCUGGAGGGUCUUGCUCUUGAUCUUGGUCAUUGCUUUGCUGUCCCUAGGCAUUGCCUACUACGUGAGUGGGGUGCUGCCCUUUGUGGAUAACCAGCCUGAGCUGGUGCAUUGAGGGCUCUCGGAGAUGAGGCAAGGGCCUGUCAGUAUGGCUUUUCAGUUCUUAGACUAUUUCUUAGCACAAGGCAGUGAAGCCUGUGUUUAGGAUUUUUGUUUACCGUGACCCUUACAGAAGAAUGAUGUGUUCCGCUGAACUUCAUCCUGUAGCUGGUGAUACUGCAUCCUGAUGCUACUCUCUGACACAGCCUGUCUGAGGAGACACCCCAGGCUGCAGGCUGCUGUGAUCCAAGUGUAGGGGUGAUCAGGUGGACAAGGCAGAGGCUUGGGAGGCCUCACAGCGGGGACCAGGCCUUGAAGGAGGGGCAGUGACCAUCAGAAAGCAGAUUGCUUUUCCUAGGAUUCCAUUUGCUAGUGGCGUUGUUUCUCUCGUUUGUUCCUUUUGCAACAGUUGUGUUCUGUUUUUAUUCACUUUCCUGGCAAUAGGAGGGAGUGAAAACUUUCAACCUAAAUUUUAAUUUCUUUUACAAUUUAUAUAACAAAUUGGAACUGUUAGAAACUUUGACUUUAAAAGCAUAUAUUUAAGUUAGUCAGACAGUAGACAGGUUCAGAAAAUUAACAGUCUUUUCUUUAACAUGGAUUUACUUGAUCAGUGUUUAGUUGCCAUGGGCAGCUUUGAUUCAUUCUGAACUGAUUGCAGUGUCUGAAAAUCAGCUUUUUAUGGAGUUCAGCUCACUCUUCAGUCUCCUCUCACUUUUACUUUUAAGAUGUCCCAUUCAGAAAAACACCAGGAAACUCUUUGUAGUCAGUAGUCAUUAGAGAAAGUCCUCUCCUUCACUGUCACCAAACUUGGAGUGCCACCAAGACAGUGACACUUGAGUCAGGAAGCCAGCUGUGUCAGGAGGCUCAGCACAGUUAACCCUCGGUCUGAGCGAACCCAUCCAAGUCAGCAGGAGUCCAGCAGUGGUGAGGAGAGUAUCCCGAGCAGAGUCCUGAACUGUGCUGCUGUGCUGUCUCCCUGUGUACACGUGCAUUAUGUGAGCAGGGGUCUGGACCCUAACGUACGUCACAGCUUCUCCGUGUCUCUGAAAGCCCUCUUGGUUCUGCGGUAUAGAAAUCACGUUUCUUAGGAUAUUAACAAAAUAUGGAGGUUUAAUCACUGAGUAGAGUCUGAAACUUGCAGUGAAGAGCUGACGGCUCUCUUGUCUAUGGCAAAGGCAGCCCUGGCCGGUCGGGUAGAGCGGCCCCUCUGCCAGCCUCUCGAUGACUGGUAUUCCCUCCUCUGCUUUCAGAUACCUGGUACCAACACUCUUUUCUUUCAUGUGGCUUUAUCCUGUCUGGAGGAGCUGUUUAUAGCUCCCCGCUGUCUGCUUCAGAACCAGCUCGAAGUGUCUUGCUUUUAAAUUAUCAUGUUUGGUAGAAUGCAAGGGGGGACACAGGCUUUUGCUUUUGCAUGGAGAACACUAGAAUUUAAGUUCAAAGCAUGUUCAGAAUGAGUGCUUUGGAAUGAGUUUCCCUCUGUAAGUCAGAAUAUAUGUAAUAUGUAAAUAUUUUGCUCUAAGACCCCUGCUUCCUGCCCAGCGCUGUUUCUGUGCCCCAUGCGCUCGGCAGUAUUCCUUUAACUGCUUCCAAUAAACGCAUUUAUAAAUCCUUCA